AUGAAGCUCAACAUUUCCUACCCGGCCAAUGGGUCGCAGAAGCUGAUCGAAAUUGACGAUGAGCGUAAGCUCCGCGCCUUCAUGGAGAAGCGCAUGGGAACUGAAGUUCCUGGAGAUGGCUUGGGCGAUGAAUUCAAGGGCUAUCUCUUCAAGAUCACUGGUGGAAACGACAAGCAAGGUUUCCCCAUGAAGCAGGGUGUUCUUCUCCCCAACCGUGUCAAGCUUCUCCUCAGCGAUGGUCACAGCUGCUACCGCCCUCGCCGCACCGGUGAGCGCAAGCGUAAGAGUGUUCGCGGUGCCAUCACUGGUCAAGACUUGGCUGUCCUCGCCCUCAGCAUUGUCAAGCAGGGUGAAGGCGAAAUCCCCGGCUUGACCGACGUUGUCAACCCCAAGAGACUCGGCCCUAAGCGCGCCACCAAGAUCCGCCGAUUCUUCGGUCUCGACAAGAAGGACGAUGUGCGCAAGUUCGUCAUUCGCCGUACUGUCACACGCGAGGGCAAACCCGACUACACCAAGGCCCCCAAGAUCCAGCGUCUGGUUACCCCCCAGCGUCUCCAGCGCAAGCGUCAUCGCAUUGCUGUCAAGCGCCGCCGUGCUGAGGGUGCUCGUGAGGCUGCUAACGACUACGCCAAGCUCCUCGCUUCCCGUGUUCAGGAGGAGAAGGCCAAGCGAACCGAGCUUCGCAAGCGUCGGGCUUCUUCUUUGAGGAAGUAA